AUGGCCCUGGCCAGCGGGCAGUCAUGUUUCCCCCCAUUCGAACAAUUCCUGUGGGAGCACUGGGACUACCGAAAGACCCAAGUCUCCAACCAGAACACCCACUGCGACAUGAUGAUGUGGAACCGGGGACUAUAUGGGAAGCUGAAACACAUCUUCAUCCAUGAACCUAUUGAGAAGAUCAUUAACGUCUGCCGUGGGGAAGGGAAACACCUCUGGGAUGGCUGGUAUCAGAGCAAACGUUUUUUCAACAUCACCAAGUGCAAAUUUAACUGCAUAUUCGGCCAUUACACUGAGUUAGGGAUGUCCACGAAAAUUGUCAUCAGAUGCAAAUAUGGGUUUCCUGUAGCUAUUGAGGAGUAG